AUGAGUGUGUCAAACACUGGCACAAUCUCCCAUAAAGAUACUGCAAGCAAAUUUGUCAGCAAGGAGCGCACUUAUGACUACCUGUAUGACCCAGUUUACACCGUCUCAUCAGAAGUAGACCAUAUCAGGUCCAGUUGGAAGGCCUACACAUCCAAGGACAGAGUGUUGAAAAUCCCGGAGUAUGGAUCUAUGUUCAGUAAUUUUCCGAGAUUCAAAUUUCAACUGGACCCUUCAGAUCCCGUUCCAGCCACUAUUGACCGGCGAUGGAGAGGUCACAGGGAACAAUACAAAGAGGCACUGCAUCAACUGGCUGGCGUUACUAGCUGCCAUGACUCACCAUGGCUGCAGAAAGAGGAAGGUCACAUGGCAGGAUCUGAUCGCUGGAAGUAUUUCUCACGCCCUUUGAUUCCAUUUGGACAGCAGCUGCCCCCAGAUGUGAUCUUUGCUUUGCCAAAAGAAGAGUUUGUGUCCAGUCUGGACCAAAAGCCUGUACAACAGCCUACACAUGCUACUGUGGCAGCCCAGACUGACUACAGAGAGAGUGAGACACAGACAGAUCCUUAUAGUCCAGAAUAUAUUAACCAAGCUGCCACGACGCCCUCUGAACUCCUGACACUGGCAUCUCUGACUUGGGGUCAUGGACUGCCAGCAGGUUUGGCAGAGGUAGAAAUGAUAGAGCAUGCUCGAGCCAAACGUGCAUGGGAGGCCACACUUCCUCCCUUGGAUGACCUCAGUCAGUUGGACAAGAGGAGACGCAUGAUGGCAGAGAUGGAAGCCAGGGAGUGGGCUUUCAGAGAGGGGGAAAUCCAGAAGCUAAAAGAGGCCCGUCUAAAGGUGUUGACAGACCUCUUGCGAAAAAGAGAUGAGGUUCAACAGAAUUAUACACAUGACAGACUGAAACAGAUCGAUCAGAAGCUACAAAAAGAGAAGGAGUCCAAAAUUAACAAGAUCAACAAUGACUAUUUCCGGGCAAUGAGAAAAUUGAACUCCCGACAUAGUGUAGCAAUGGACAAACUAACACAUAUGUACAACUUCAAAGAUUAUUCUGACCUUUCCUCUCACACACGUCCCGCUGUAAGGCAAAAACAUGAAGACAAGAAUUACUACUUUGACACAGAAGGCUUGACAGAACUGGAAACUGGGCUCUCUGCUUCCUCACUGAAAUCAUCAGUGAAAAAUUCACAACAACCCACUAGGAGUAUGAUCAAAAACUCUAGUCAGAGAGCAAUUCAGCUGUAUGAGCAGUAUAGGGCUCUACGGAGAGAAGACAAGUCAGAAGAUAAAUUGGAAUGCCUUGUCAAGAUUGAGAAGCCCUCUCCUCCACCAGUCACUCCUGAAAUAGAAAAGCCACCAGAAGGGGAAGAAGAGAGAGAAAUUGCUAUAAUCAACUUGCAGAAGUUACUGAGGGGAAGAGCCAUUCAGUAUGAGCUAAUUAAAGGUAAAGAAAAUCACCUGGACCUUAUCAGAGAAAUGAGGACAGUCCAUGCUCUUCAGAGGGAAGAACAGUUGCUACAGAAAGCGGAAAAAGAUCGAAUAUUGAUCCUCAAAAGGGAAAGAGAUCAACAGAGCCGCAGGACUGAACAGGUGGAGGCGCUGCAGGCUAGAGCUGUGGACACAGAGCUUGAAUACAUGUUUGACACUUUAUCCAAAGAGCUGAUCAGACUGCAGGAGGAACGCAGGAUCCAUGCUUUCACUCUCCUUGCUGAGAGAGACCGCCGUGUGCGAGAGGCAGAGGAGAGUAGGCGGAGACAGGUCGAAGAACGCAGAAGACAAGAAGAAGACGACAUUUUCAGACAAGUGGUGCAGAUAAACCAGGAGAGUGUAGACUUGUACUUGGAGGACAUCAUUCUGGCAACCACAGAGACACUAGCAGAUGAGCAGGCAAGAAAGGAGAUCCACCAAUUGGCCAAAGAGGUCAAUGAUGUAGCGAGCGCCAUGGAGGAAAGCCUUCAGUCUGAAGCCAUUGUCUAUGAGUUGGUGUACAGCUUCCUCAUCCCGGAGGUGGUUAAGACCAGUGUCAGGCAAAAAGUUCAACAGAGGCAGGACAGACACUUGCAGGCAGCUCGGAGCAUCAUUCAAGGCUCUUUGGAGGGGAUCUCAUCCUCAGCUCCCUCUACUCAAAGCCCCUCAAACUCUAUUACUCAAGAUGAAGAGGGAGUGAAAGAGCCAGAGCAGCACCAUACACACACAAACAAUUAAACUGCACAUUAAUUAAGUUAUCCAUGUA